AUGGGGUCAGCAGUGACUCAAGUACUAGCCGAUGUUUAUAUGAUGGAGUGGGAAAGUGACAUUCUAGCAAUACAAUUAGACGAAAAAGAAGUUUAUGUAAGAUCUCAAGACGACAUUCGAGAUGGAGUCGUUGGUUCUUGGUUGUCUCACGUAUCGAUUGAUGCAUCAAUUACAGCUGUGAUUUCGAGGUCCGAUGUUGAUGUUGACUGGUUGUUUUGA